CGACACCUGGCUCUCUCCCCCUUUCUACCCCCGCACCGCACCCACCGACCCGCCGUCCAUCCCCGCAUCCUCUCCGCCGCCGCCGCAGGCCCUCCUACUCUCCUCGCGAGCCCGGGGCCGCCGCCGCCGUCUGCACCAGACUCGAGGCUCUAAUUGCCGCAGAUUACAGUCGCCACCGCGAUCCUCCUCUGCCACCGGUUCUACCUCCGCCAGUCUCACGCCAAGAACGAGUGGCAGUUUGCUUCAGUCAGGGUCCUAUAGGCGGUAACAAGCAUCUCCAUUAGAUUGAUCUGCCCCUAUACGAGUCAUUUAUUGGAGUUAGUGGGAUCAAUUCCAGAUUUUUCAAGGUAGUCGGCAUGGUGAAGGCUGCAGUGGACACCAAGCGCACACUUAUGAGCAAGAAGGAUAAUAUCCGCAAUGCAUGUGUCAUUGCUCCCAGUGACCAUGACAAGGCUAUUCUUAUGGAUUCCCUUAUGGCAGCUGCUGGGACUGCAAAUGAAGCUCCAAGUGAUUUCCGCUUGACUCGUGCAGGUGCCCUUGCACAAGAAGUCCUGAAACAGAAAACAUUUGAGUAAAAUAACAAGAAGAAACUAAACAAUACUAUGGAAACAUUAUAAAAAAUAAGUGCAUUAUAAUUUCUUACUGUUUGUAAUACCAACACCUUUAAGCUCUUCUCCCCAAGGAUCAAUAACUAAUGGCAGGGCAAUAAUAACAGCUCUCUUUAUUAGUCCAGAAUGAAAGAGGCCGCGUAAGAAUGCGCAGACCUGGGAAAAUAAUGUGUUUACAUCUCAACUAUACAACAUGAACAUGUAUACCAAAUAUACAACAUUAUUAGAUAUACAUACCUGCCUAGUUUUACCCAGACCCAUGUCAUCAGCGAGUAUUACCCCACUGUCCUUGCAGUGCAUGGACCAUAACCAUCUGAUUCCUUCUCGUUGAUGCAGAAAAAGAUCAUCGUGUACAAGGUAAGGAAGAUGGAAGUCUUCCAUUCUACUGUUAUAUAUAGCCUUCAGAGUAAUAUCCGGAAGGCUGUGAUCAUGAUGAAGAACAACAGAUAUUGCUCGAAGUGGAAACGCAUUAAGCGCGUUCUCCUUUGUGAUAGUUGCAUUCUUGGGGAUGUACUUAUUAAGGCCGAUUAAUGCAACAAUGUUAGCAUAGUAAACAUUCUUGGUAGACUCAAGUUUCUUUUCCUCGAAGAUUCCAGCGCUUUGCAGGCUCUCUACAUAAUAAUCUUUCUGUCCCGGCACAUGGUUGGAGCCCAAUACGUGAACUUUCAUGCCUAUUUCAACCUUUCCUGAGAAGACACGCCCGAAGACAAAUGACACUGCCUUCUUAGAUGUUGGGAUCAUCUUUAAAAUAUAGAUAACGGGUGGACCAUUCGGAUCACAUUUUCGGAUGGAAGAAGCAUAGGAAUUAUUUAGUGGUCCCGUGUACAAGUUCUCCACACGAUAUCGCUGUGCUUUCGCAGGAGAAGGGAGGUGAAGUAUAUGAUCCGAAUGAUCCGCUUGUCAUCUAUAUUUCAAAGAUGAUCCCAACAAGGCAGGGUCAUUUGCCUUUGGCUGUGUCUUCUCAGGGAAGGUUGAAAUAGGUAUGAAAGUUCGCGUAUUGGGCUCCAACCAUGUGCUGUAACAGAAAGAUUAUUAUGUAGAGAGCCUGCAAAGCGCUGGAAUCUUCGAGGGAAAGAAACUUGAGUCUACCAAGAAUGUUCACUGUGGUAACAUUGUUGCAUUAAUCGGCCUUAAUAAGUACAUCCCCAAGAAUGCAACUAUCACAAAGGAGAACGCGCUUCAUGCGUUCCCACUUCGAGCAAUAUUUGUUGUUCUUCAUCAUGAUCACAGUCUUCCGGAUAUUAUUCUGAAGGCUAUAGCUAACAGUAGAAUGGAAGACUUCCGUCUUCCUUACAUUGUACACGAUGAUCUUUUUCUGCAUCAACGAGAAGGAAUCAGAUGGUUAUGGUCCAUGCACUGCAAGGACAGUGGGGCAAUACUCGCUGAUGACAUGGGUCUGGGUAAAACUAGGCAGGUAUGUAUAUCUAAUAAUGUUGUACAUUUGGUAUACAUGUUCAUGUUGUAUAGUUGAGAUGUAAAUACAUUAUUUUUCCAGGUCUGCGCAUUCUUACGCGGCCUCUUUCAUUUUGGACUAAUAAAGAGAGCUGUUAUUAUUGCCCUGCUAUCAGUUAUUGAUCCUUGGGGAGAAGAGUUUAAAGGUGUUGGUAUUACAAACAGUAAGAAGUUAUAAUGCACUUAUUUUUUAUGAUAUUUCCAUAGUAUUGUUUAGUUUCUUCUUGUUCUUUUACUCAAAUGUUUUCUGUUUUAGGUUCACAGAUGCAAAAACCCAGAAACACUUGAAGCAAGUUUUUACGGAAGGAGGCCUGCUCUGUACAACAUAUGGUAUGUUCAGUAAAAUGGAGGAGGAGUUGGCGUUAAGUGAGGAUGGCGAAACUUGGGACUAUCUAUUCAUGGAUGAAGGCCACCGUGCCAAAAAUAGGAAAGCAGAGAUAGCAAAAUCUCUUUUUUUUUUCUAGAAUACGCAGGAGAGCUGCGCAUCAUUCCAUUAAGAAGAGAUAAAUAGCAAAAUCUCUGAAGAAAAUGAAAUGCAGGCACAAGAUAAUAAUCACAGGAACUCCAAUACAAAACAAUCUCGAGGAGUUCCAUACGCUUAUGGACAUAUGUAAACCACUUUUACUUGAAGAUCAUGAUAGCUUCCAUGUGAAAUACAUUCUGCCAAUUACCGGGGGAAGCACAGGGAUGCGGAGCCUCAUUUAAAAAGCAAAUAUGUUCAACUUUCAUCUAGAUUGGCGAAACUUACAAAUCCUUUCAUUCUACGGAGGACUAAAGAAUUGUUGAAGGCUGAAGGAUAACUAACUUCAAAUAAGUAUGAGUACACCAUAUGGCUCCAGCUAAGUCCUUGCCAGGUCAACUACUACAGUACUCUUGUCACAAGCGAUUUGUUGAGGAUACAAGGGAAUGCACUCACUGCGACCAAAAUUGCACGGGACAUAUGUAGACAUCCGUGUCUCUUGAUGCAAAAUUACUCACCAGAAGAACCAACAAAUGAAAAGGACAAUGCCGUUGCACUGAAAAUAAAAAACAGUCUCUUUAAGAUAUUCCCUCCACAUGAUUUGUGUGAAGAUGACUGUAACAUAUCCAGCAAAAUAAACUUCAUUUUGUAUCUUGCGCACAAACUGGUGAUCGAAGAAGAGCAUAAGGUUCUUGUUUUUUCACAAUCACCUCAUAUGCUGAAAAUAUUGGAGCAAGCGCUUGGAAGUGUUAUUGACAAGGAGAAGAUCGUUCGAAUGGAUGGAUCUACAAAGCGACGUGAUAGAAAUAGGAUGAGAAUGGCAUUUCAAUGUCAGCAGUCGCGUAAGGAGUCCCCUAAUUCAGAGUCAUCAGGGUCAUCUAUUUCAAAAUCUUCAGAUUUAGAUUUGUCCAAGGUUUGUGAACCUUGGAUCUUUCUAAUGACAACAAGAGUCGGCGGAGUAGGCCUGAACCUCACAGCCGCUACUCGUGUGAUAAUAGCUGACCCUUCAGAAAACCCUAGCGAUGAUAACCAAGCAGUAGACCGUGCAUAUCGUAUGGGGCAAACGAAAGACGUUAUUGUAUAUCAACUGGUGACUUGUGCAGCUAUUGAGGAACACACGUAUCGAGAACAGAUACUGAAGAUCGAAACUUCGUUUGGUAUUUUGGGAGAACAACCGUGCAUGAAAUCAAUUUGUGAAAAGGAAGGACUUGUCCUUACUCUGCCACCCUUCGGGUUUAAAUUUUGCAAAACCCAUCGAGAACUUGUUCGAAUUUAUGGCCUCGAAAUGAACAUAGUAUUAUCAGAUCUGGGCCUUCACCACGAGGCUGUGAUUGCAGCACACUAUCAUUCUCUUCUCUUCUCAGUGAAGGAAGAUGAAGUUGAUGACUACGAAAUGGAGGUCCUUGAUCCCAAGCAAGGAAAGUCAAAGUCCAAAGAGAUUAAGAAGAGGGAUGAGGUGAUUCAAUAUAUAAAGAUAGAUCUACCACCAGAAGCAUUGCAGCCAACACAUGACCUCCAUCGCUAAGCUUCACAAAGCAGCCAUCAACACCUAUGAAGGGUCUACAGCGACUUAGAAAACCAUCUAUCUGAGCUUUAAGGCACAUGAAAAGGCCAAAGAACCUAGUUAGUCCCUGCCUGGACACUAUAGCUACCCAAACAUGGCUACCUCUGUAGUCCCUUAACCUCUUGUAUUGUUCUUUGUGGUUGUGAAGCACUCUCUCACAAGCUUUAGCCAUCUGCUUGGUUAUCUCCACAACAAACAAACUGUGCACAACAUCCAUGAGAGCUGUUUACCUUCCAGGAAGGAUCACUUCAUAUCUGCUCUUCAAAGGCUUUAGCAACCCACUCAGCACUUAUCUUGCUGCUACCCUCUAUUGUACCAUAUCCGUGUCUCAAAAAGCUAAGUCAUAACAGUGGGCUCCCUUCCAACUUUAUGAUGUUAUGUGAAAAGGGCAGUUUUUCUCUU